UAAGUUUGUGUCUCAAACAGGAUACAUGAGCAUGAGUGUUAGUUUCGGACCCACACUACUUGUUUUUGGCUGCGAAUUGACAACCACAUAUUGGUCACAUUUUACCCCAAAACUCCCAGAGACCUUCUGGAUAUCAGCUAAUUUGUUGAACUCUAUGGCAAUUAUGUUGUUGAUUUUUCUACUGCAGCUCAUCAACAGCUUUGAGGGUUUAUCUGGAGCUGAACAUGAGACGCUGUGCACCUCUAAUGCCUGCUUCACCCUGCAUACGGACAGGGUGAGUUUUGAGAAGGCCCGUCACAACUGUAUCCACAAUGGCGGUUAUCUCAUGACAGUCAGAGACAGAGAAGAAGAGGAUGUGCUGCGCUCGCUUCUCUCACAGAUCCAAAGACAGGACAGGGCGCUUAAAUUUUGGAUUGGAUUAAAACUGCACAGAGGGGACUGUGUGUUAGCUGACAAGACUCUCAGGGGGUUUAAGUGGACAUCUGGGGAGGACGAUUCCCACUACUCCAACUGGGAAAAAGAACCUGUCACCACAUGUACAGAGGAGAGAUGUGUAAGGGUUCAUUACACUUUAUCAGGUCAGAACCAACUGAAAUGGAUUGCUGGACCUUGCAAAAGCACUGCUUUUUAUGCAUGUAAGUUUUACUUUAAAGGAAUGUGUAAACCUUUGGCUCUGUUGGGGCCUGGACAAAUAACCUACACAGCGCCCUUCUCAGAAGAUCCACAGAGAAGUGAAAUGCAAUCAUUUCCACUUGGAACGUAUGCUAUAAUUUUAUGUAGUGACCAAGAGUCACACUACUCUGUGUGCACCUUGAUGGGCAACAUCUAUCGUUGGCAUGUCACUGGUCCAUUUUGCAAAACAGGAAAGCAAAAUUGCAUGAUAAACAAUGGCGGAUGUGAACAUUUGUGCCAUCAGGAUGCAGAUGAGGUUAGAUGCUUUUGCAGAGAAGGUUACGACCUGGAUGAGGAUGGACUCACUUGCAGGAUAAAAAACGUGUGCGGUGUUGUUACUUGUGAGUAUCAGUGCAUAAUGGAUGAGUCUGGAUAUUCUUGCAAAUGUCCCGAUGGCUUCAAACUGGAUGCAAACCAGCGCAACUGCUCUGACAUUGAUGAGUGCCAGUCACAAGCCUGUGAGCAUCAACUGUGCUUAAAUACGCACGGCAGUUACACGUGUGAGUGUAAAGAUGGCUACGAAAUGGUCGACGGUAAGUGCAGUGAUAUAGAUGAGUGCGCGCAAUCAAGAUGCGAGCACAGCUGCUCGAACAGUAUCGGAUCCUUCUCUUGUUACUGCAAUAAUGGUUUAAUUUUAUCCGAAGACGGCCACUCGUGUGUAGACAUGAAUGAAUGUGUCAGUAAUCGCUGUCAGUUCAAAUGCGUCAAUACCGUGGGCAGCUUCCUGUGCACCUGCCCGCAAGGCUUCCACAUGGAGGCUGAUGGAUCGACUUGCGCUCCAGAUAUGACCGAGAAAUCAGCUGCUUCAUCUGAUGGCAAGGCUGAGGAGGAAACACAAGAAAACUACACGGAGUCUUUGACCAGAACCACAGUCGAGCUCCAACACCAGUCCCCUCACACUGAUGCACCGCCUCCAGACCUGGUGAACGUCACGCACGGUGAUCGGCAGAGCAACACAUCCUUGGUGACAAGUUUAGCCGACACAGUAAAUUCCAGAGUGAUAAUCUGCGUCCUUGGUUCAGUCAUUCCUCUGCUGCUGUUGGUCGCAUUGACUCUGGCUAUUGCAAUUUGGCGAUGCAGUCGCUCCAAAAAAGAAGCCAAGAAAAAUGCCACUACAGAUGGCUACUGUUGGGUGUCCUCAGGUUUAGAUCCGCGAUUAGAGAAACUAUAUGAGUCCAUCUUGACUGAUGACCUAUGACCUGAUAGUGAUGGAGAAGACAUGCAAUAUUAUGUUUAUUUAUGUACUUUAUGUUCUUGCAACUUAAUGUUAAUGUAUCAAAUCAAAUAUCAAAUCACAAAUCAGAAAAAUAACUUUAUUGUCCACCAGAAGGUGAUUUCUCUUUGACAACAAGCAAAAAGACAUAGUACACAUAUAGAGUAGAAACAUAGUGGGUAAGAAAUAGAAAAUUAUGGUAAAUUUGACUGUGCACGAAGUAGCAGAGUGAAAAUAUGUCUGAACAAGUCCUGUUAUGAAGGGGAUAUGAGGGGCUCUGUAUAAUGAACCUUCCAGGAUUCCAGAAAGUGUAGAUGUGAGAAAGUUGUACCAGGAUGUAAUGUUGAAAGUGAGCAUUUUAAUGUUAAGAUCAGUCAGCUAAAUUUAUAAUUUAUCUUGUCAUAACUGACUGAUCACAUUUUCUAUUUCUAUUUUACCAAUAGACAUGUUUGAGUACUAUAUGCACCACUGUCUGUUCACUGAACCUGUGAUCAGCUCCUGGACCAAGAACAUGUUGUCUUUACUGCAUUAUUGAGAUGACAUCCAAAGAUUAUACAGUAUGUUCACCUUUCAGUACCACAUGGCAGUGAUGGAAGAAGUAUUCAGAUUGUUUACAUAAACCUGCAAUAACUGAAUUUUUUGUUGUUGUUGGGUUUUUUUUUGGCCACUUGGAGGCAACGGAAACAAGUUGAGAACACAAAAUUUGACAUAUCAUCACCUUUUAAGUUAAUAUGGUGUACCUGUGAGCAAACACAUAUCCAGCAGUUGAAGAGCUGCCUGCUGCAGCUGAAAACGACACUAUGAGAGCGGAGAGACUGAACCAAAACAGUUAUAAAGUGGGUCGGACAGCUGAACAAUGAGCUGAAACUCACUAUAAAGCUCUGUAAAGCCGAGGGAAGUUGCAGAGUCAGGUGAUAAUUCUUUGUAGGUUCAUCACUAAGAGUGAGUCAUUUCACAUUGUCAUUUGAUACAUUUGUAUUGUGAAAAUAUCGAUUAUAGCUGCUUUGAAUACAUGUAGUGGAGUAAAAAGCACAAAAUUUGCAUUUGAAAUGUAGUGAAGUACCACAACAUUGUAUGAAAAUACAGUACUUGAGCAAAUGUACUUACUUUCCACCACUGCCACAGGGAUGUAUUUGUGCACAAACCCAACUAAACACAUUUUACUUGCUGAAUGGAGUUUGCAUAUCUGAUGCUGGUAUAUAUAUGAUGUAAUGAUAAACGCAUGUACAUCAGAGCAUCAAAACAUGCUCAAAAACAAAAUAAAUAGUUUGUUCUGAAAUAUGAAAAGUCUUUUGUUCCUAUGUUUGCAUUAUGACAAUCCUUGCCUUCACUAACCUUGGAAAAAAACAUUAGUCCACUUUAUCACUUUAUCCUACUUCCUUCCCGUCACUUUAUCAUUGUCCUGAGGGGUGUUGUUUCCAGAGUAGGUAGCCACAGGCUUUAACUUCUCCAUAAUGUUUGCCAGCCAACGUUUUAAGACAAUCUACUGCACGACAUCAUGGCCUGCUUGCGAAUUACUGUGUUUGUGCCAGUGAAGGCAAUGACAAUGACUAUUUUGAUGUCAGUUAUUUUUGUAUUGUCUUUUAAGACAGGAUUUGGUCUGAAACAGACUGGCACUUGUAGGCCUUUUUGUACUGGGAGUGACUGCAUAACUGUAAUCCAAGACAGGGUGGAUUUUAAAACAGCUGAGGAAGCAUGCCGUGACAGGAAUGGAGAACUAGUGACAUUUCAGUCUGGGACAGAUAAGAACAUCCUUAACAUUUUGAGUCAAGAAUUGUAUGGAAACUUCUGGAUUGGACUGUGUUUACCAGCUGGCACCUGCAGCAACCUCUCAGCUCCACUGAGAGGCUACGAGUGGACCACUGGCAGUAUACACCAGAGCUUUAUUCCGUCCUUCAGCACCUGGGAAGACAGUGUUAAAGUCUGCUCUCCACACUGUGUGUCCCUUUCAAACGAUCAAAAGUGGACAGAGAGGCUGUGCUCGGACAAAACUGAUGGGUUUCUGUGCAAAACAAAGCACAAAGACGCAUGCCGGGCACAAGGAUUAUCAGAUCCAAAUGUUUUCCAGAGCUCCAAAGGCUGUUCAGGUGGCCCCUGUGAACAUAUAUGCACAGAUGUAAAAGGAGGUUAUAAAUGCUCUUGUUUCAAAGGAUAUAUCCCAGACAGCAAAGAACCCAAGCGGUGCAAAACCCACUGUGCACAACAUAAAUGCCCUGUGAUAUGUGAGGGAAACACAUGCUUCUGCCCUGAAGGCUUUAUAAUUACUGAUAACUUUUGUGAGGACAUUGAUGAAUGUGACAUGGGUGAAUGUGAUCAAGAGUGUAAAAACACUUUUGGAAGUUUUGUGUGCUCCUGCAGAAAAGGAUUUAUACUUCAAGAUCAAGUCAAAUGCAUCAAAGCAGAGGACAGUGAAAGUUUUGUGAUCACAACCCCUGUCGCCAUAGGUUUUGUUAAACCAGCCGCUAAUAAUAAUACACUGAAGGGUUCUUCUGCUGGUGGUUUUCUCUGGCUGUGGAUUUUGUUGCUGUGGCUGUGGUAGUGUUUAUAUUUGUUCUAAGGUUUUAUGUUGUUAAGCGUCAGAAGUGCAGACAACAAAACUCCAAUCAACAGUCUGCCGCUCCUGUGGACAAUAAUGAGUGUUCGGUCCAGUCCAUAAAAGGAUGAACACUAACCCCACUGGUCCCUUUAACAUUCACAGUUUGAGAGACUUGUCCAUUACAUUUAUCAGAUGGCUGCUGCAGGUAACUUCUCAGGAUAAACUGUUUUGAUUCAGGUCUCUGAUUUUUGAAUGAAGGUAAUGCAUUUUAAAAUAUCAAUAUUAUAACAAAUUUAAUAUAUAGGAUUAUGUUAAUGUUGUUGGUGUCCCAGGUGCAGCUGAGAGUUAAUUUGAUAUACUAUUUGGUAGUUGAUAAAUCUGAACUGUCAGACAAUCAGCAGCAGUUGACAGCAGUCAAGCAAAAAGUAAAAUGGAGUUGAGAAGAGAAAAGUCUCACAAAAUGGAAAUCCUAAGGGAAAGCGCCAGUGCCUUUAAAUGUUACUUCCAUUCAUUACCUGAGUAAACGUACUGUGUUCUUUUCAGCACUGACUGUUUCUUUAUAGAAUGAACAUUAAUUUUUGUGCAUGUGCAUUUAACUGUUUGUAAAAUAUGAGUUUUGAAGUACAAGAGUGAAAUGGUCUUUAAUGUAGGACAAUAGAUUUCAUGUGUCAUUUUGUGGUCAUUUAUGUAACGUGUCAUGAAAUUAAAAUCUAAAUUCAUUCAUUCGUAACAACAA